AUGGAGGAGGAUGCAGAACCUCUGAAAGGUUUGCUGAUGCCUCCAUGUGUUGUUAUGCGGUUGCUGGAGAGGUUCUCCCGCACAGUGAACCCCGCAGGGAUCAGAGCUCGGUGCUGCAGCGGAGCGGAGCGCGGCAUUUCCUCAGAGUCGUCCAUGCGUUACUCCAAGUAUGAGCUGCUGCAAUCGGCCCUUAGUGCCCACCCUGACAAAGUAGAGAAGACCAUCGAUGACAUCAUGGCCUUAAAGAAGAUCAACCCAGACACCAAUCCACAGCUGGGCAUCUCUCUGCAGGCCAGUCUGUUGCAGAUUGUGGGCUACAGGACUCUGAUUGUGGAGGUGGAGAAGCUUCGCAGGGAACCUUAUGACUGUGAAAACGCUGAGCAUGAAAACAUGCUGAUGAAGCUAUGGAAGGAGCUGCGUCCUGACACCCCCCUCACUGCCCGCAUCUCCAAACAGUGGUGUGAAAUCGGUUUCCAAGGCAACGAUCCUAAGACUGAUUUCCGAGGGAUGGGACUGCUGGGCCUGCAGAACUUGCUGUACUUUGCAGAGCAUGACAAGGCUACUGCUCUGCAAAUGCUCCAGGAUUCACUACAACCAAAGCACAAUGAAUUGAACAAGCCAGACUGGGAGCAGAAGAACCAUGACAAAGCAAUCGGAUAUUCUUUUGCCAUCGUGGGCAUCAACAUCACAGACCUGGCCUACUCUCUGCUUGUGAGCGGAGCUCUGAAGACCCACCUGUACAACGUGGCCCCAGAGAUGCCCAACCUGCAGCACUUCCAGCAGACCUUCUGUUACCUGAUGCAGGAAUUCCACCGCUUCUGGAUCGAGGAGGAUCCCAGCGACAUCAUGGAGUUCAACCGGGUCCGCACCAAGUUCCACCGGAGGAUCCUGCGGCAGCUGAAGAACCCGGAUAUGGCUUUGUGCCCCCACUUCGCCGCCUCUGACCUCCACCUGGUCAACCUGUAAUAUCUACCAACUCAAAACCCUCCCAGAAGAUCUUCAACAGGUGUUCGGUAGGCCGGUGAAAAAAAAUAAAUAAAUCCCACUCACGCAGAUGUUUCUCUGAACUGCUGGAGAUACCUGAGGAGAAGAUCCUCCUCCUCUCCUCAGCACAAGUCGUCCUAGCUCACGUCAUGUUGCUUCACUGCCAACAGCUCACAAUACACACAGUUAACCCAUCCUGCACCUGAUCCUUCCCCAUGCAGUCACCAUGAUGGACAGGGGGGAUUCAGGCCACAUGAAAAACACACAGGAACAAAAAAAAA